AUGGGGGCGCGGCUGGGGCGGCGGGCAAGAGCAGAUGCCCCUGCGGCGCCGAGUGUCGGGCCCGCGCCCUACGAGCGCCGGGUGCGCUGGCUGCGAGAGAUCCAGUCCACGCUCCGGGAGCGGCGGCCGGAGCGCGCUCGGCAGCUGCUGCGCCUUCUGCGACAGGACCUGGGCCUUGAAGGGAACCUCCUCACUGACAUCCUCUACAGAAAUGUAACUUUCCUUAACCUGGUGGACCCCAUCUCCCAUGACCUGCUGGUGAACCUGGCCCGGGACCUGCAGUGCCCCAAGAAGGACCACGAGCUCUGGAAGUCCUCGGAUAAGAUCUGUCGGCAGCUCAUCUACCACCUCACUCCGCACUCCAAGCGAAAACCCCACAGGAAAACCCAGAGCAGCCUCAAGAGCAGCCUCCAGAAGACUCUGCUGGUAGGGGAGACUGUGGACCUUUCUGGCAUCCCGCUAUCGGCCCGGGAUGUGCAGCACAUAUCCCGCUACCUGGACAGUCGUGGUGCAGAGCUGGUGGUCCUAGACCUGAGCUUCACGGAGCUGAGCGAUGAGCUGCUGCAUCUGCUGCUGCCCAGCCUCUGGGCUCUGCCCCGCCUCACCCAGCUGCUGCUCAAUGGUAAUCGGCUAACCAGAGCUGCUGCCCGGGAACUCACCGAGGCUAUCAAGGACGCCGCCAAGUUCCCCGUGUUGGCCUGGGUGGACCUGGGUAACAAUGUGGAUGUGUCUUCGCUUCCCCAGCCCUUGCUGGUUGGCCUGCGAAGGCGACUGAGCCAGCACACCUCGCUCCCUACCAUCUAUGAGGGCCUGGACCUCGAGCCUGGGAGCGGCAUGGCUGAGACCACUGCUGCAGUCUCCUCCUGGGGCUCUGCAGCCACGGAGGCGGGAUCAGAGCCUCAGGGUUGUUGUGCCAGGUGACUUGCUACUGGUCUGGUUCAAUGCUAAUGACUGAGGUCUUUUAAGAACCUGGUAUUAGAGGCCCACAGUGUCCCUCAGAGAGACAGUGAAAAUGUUCGACUUGGGGUGGAGUGGGUGGAAGGAAAAGGGUUUCGUGGGAGGCAGGCCAGGCAGCCCACACUAGGGGAUCCAUCCUGCCCAGCAAGAGGUGCCUCAGUACCCACAGCCCAGACCUUCCAGGAAAAGGAUGCUAUCACUUAUUUCAAAAGGCUUUAUGGACCACAGACUUCAGACUCACUGAGCUCCAGGCCUGCUGGGGAGGUAGGAAGACCCCACCUGCCCAGUGUGGGUAAACCCAGUGCUCACUGGGAGGUCUCCAUGGAAACAAGAUGGAGAGGUCAUGGGUUCAGUGGUGUGGGCUCAGGAGUUAGAGGAGACCUGACCUCAGGAGCAGGGUUUGAGCUUCAGGGGAGCAGGUUGGGAGACACAGACAGACAGAGCUCUGUAUGGAGCCCGAGAGCAAAUGCAAUCAGGGCCCUUCAGUGUGCUCAGGGCUGGGGACAAGGCUCCACACACCAAAGGCAAGGCCACGGUGGAUGGUGGAUCUGGAGGUGGAACGGUUGACUUUGUGUUUGUCCCCCAUGGGACACAGCAUUGGCCACUCUCCCCAGCUCUAGUCCCCCACGCUUCCUGUGUAGGUUGACUGAGUAUCCUGGCAGGGUGAGGAGAUGCAUCUGGCUGGAGAUGAGGGGCUGUAGUGUUUCCUUUGGUUUUUGGGAUCACACACAGCAUGUAAGGGGGUGGAGAUGGGGCCCAGCUAGCAUCAGGAGUUCUCAGGGCAAAACAGACUUAAUGGUAUCUCUCUAAGGCGCUACUGUCUUCUUUUCCAAAAUCCCUCAAGGUGGCCUUCCAACUAGAAGACUAAUGUCUGGUCACCCUUCCUGACCCAUUUAGAAAACUAGAGUUUUUAGCCCAAGGGUAGAGAGGCAGGGCAAGUGAGGAAGGGACUCAGAGAAGAGCAGGGUAGGAAAGCCAGUGGUCUAAGGCCUCUGAGUAGAGCCAAGACUUAAGGUCUGGUGACAGUGGAGAGAGACCCAGUAACAGAGGGCAGUCUCAGGGUCAAGGUAAAGGCUGGGGUCACCCUGGACCUGUGUGCCUAUGGCCCGUCAGCUCUGACACCCCCUUCCCCCUGUCUAACUCCAAGUGGACUAUGGACAGUACAUCCAGGACCCCAUGAAACAUCCAUGGCAUCACAUCCCCAGCCCAGUGUGCCCAAGGAGAGAGAGAUCGAUCGAUUACACCAGCUCCCAGGCCUGGGAAAAAGGACAGCUGAGAAAAAAACAUUAUAGCCUCAUGCUCCACUGCUUUAGAGAAAUGCUUAUCAAGACACCGUGAGAAGAGCACAGGACCUCUGGCUCCGCUCUGUACUUGCUUGGGGACCUGGCUAGGUCUUCCGGCUCUUUGAGUCUGGGACCCAACUUCCCCCUCUCUUAACUAGAACUUGCUGUCCAGGAUCCUGGCACUCAGUGCUUCAUCUUGAAUGACUUCCAACCCCACCCCACCCCCCCCCCCGACUUAUUGGACUUUCUCUGUGCCUUAACAACUCGGGACAAGGUUUGGGGCUUUCUGGAGCCAGGCAAAGCAAGAUAGAGUAUGGGCCAGCAGAGAGAAGGAAGGGAAGACCAGCUUUGGGCCCAGCAGACUGAUAACCUCAACGCAUGGUUAGGCAGCUGAGUUUUCUCUGUAACUCCUUGCUGUACAGAGGCAGAGUUCUGAGUCUCUCCUGCCCUUCUUACUCUCUGCCCACAGCUGGUCUGAAGCCAGCCCACAAACCUUUAGGUAUCACGGUGCAGGAAGAUCCUUCCUAGGAUGUUGUGUGAGGACGGAAGCAGGGGGUUCCCGGCAAAUCCAGAUGGCAGCAGACUGUCUCAAUUUCCCCCACCUUUUUGAGGCAAGUGAUGCAGUAGCUGUGCCAGAUCCUGAGACAGCUUAGGAGAUGUGGGCAAAGUUGGCUUUGCUGCUAUGCAAGUGGUCCUGGUCCUUCACGAAGUUCUCAUGACCACCGGUAGGGAGAUUCCAUGGGUCGGGACAGAGAUUUCCAGAAAAGGGAGGGUCGAGUCUUGUCUUUGUACUACUAUAACAGAAUACCACAUCCUGGUAAUUUAUAAACAAUAGAAGUUUACUCAGCCCAGGGUUCUAACGACUGGGAAGUGAAAUUGAAGAGAAGCAUCUGGUGAGGGUUUUCUUGCUGCGUCAUCCUCUGUGUCACAUGGCUAGAGAGCGUGCAAAGGGUAAUAAGGACUUCCACGCACCAGGGGAGAACCCUGCUGAUCUAAUAAUUACCCUUUAAAUCGCAGACCCCUUGGGUUUCCCAUGCAUACGCCCUGAGUAGGCUUCACUCAGGUUGGUGAAGAAGGCACUGACCAGGAAGUAAGAAGGAAGCAUGUCUUGCUCAUGUGUCAACCUGGAGGUAUUCAACCAUCCUUGGUCCAGACCCAUCACUUCCUAGCAGUGCAGUCCGUUUGGGAACUAGGCACGAGCAUCCUUGUUGUCCAGUUGAAGUGAGGAGGAGAUGAGGUUUGGAAAGAGCCUGUCACAGGACUGGUGCAAGCCAGCAUUCUGUAGUGUCUGUCGGUGAGUCCUUCACCUAGUCUAUCUGUGUGGUGAGACUUGGCAAGAGCUAGGUUGAAACACAUAUCUAUCAUCUAUCUAUCUAUCUAUCUAUCUAUCUAUCUAUCUAAAUCAAUCCAUCCAUCCAUCCAUCAUCUAUCUAUCUAUCUAUCUAUCUAUCUAUCUAUCUAUCUAUCUAUCUAUCUAUCUUAGCACUGAGACUUGGACUCUGGGCCUGAACCAUACUAAUCAAGUGCUUUUUUCACCAUCCUGUAUCCUGUAUCCUAGAUCCCCCAACCUCUCUCUCUCUCUCCUUACUUGCUUAGCCAGUCUUGUGAUGUAGCCUACACUGGGCUUGAACUUCCAAUCACCCUGCUUCUGUCUUAUGAGUGCUGGAAUGUGUCACUGCUUCUAGCGUAAUCUCUCCGAGAACCCAGAACCAUGGGCUGAAGGUUCCUGAUGUACCAAGGUUUUCUCUGGGUGAAAAGGGAAGCUCUCACUUGUCCUGGAGAUUGUCUUGGAUCGCCACCACUGCUGUCAUCUCCACAAACAGAAACCUUCACUACUUUCUUCCCAACGGCAUAUUUUGUUUUGUUUUAAACAGUAAUUUAUUUUUUAACAAAACAAAACAAAAAACAACCAAGCUGUUACGAACUGGGCGUGGUGGCACAGGCUUGUAAGCCAGCCUUGGUUAUAUAGUGAGCAUCCGUAAAAUUGCAACAUAAUAAAGCAAACACACUGUGACAAGUUUAAAGCGUGCAGCGGAGUUUGUUGUAAUUACACGUUUGUGAACACCAUGUUAGUAAAUGAGUCUGCCAUCUCCAAGCUGGCUGUGUCUCCUCCUUCCUUCCUUCUAUUACAAGCUCUCAGAAGCCAUUGCUCUGCGUUCUGUCCCCUCCCCCACAGAUUAGUUUA